UCCUAAACAUGGAUAAAUCAUCAAUAAGGUGCCUCUUCUUUGUAAUUCUCACCAUCUUCAGCACCAUUGUUUCUUGUUCACAUGCUGCAAAACAUGAUAGAGAAGUUGAGGAUGAAAGCGAGUUCAGCUACGAGUUGAACAAAGAGAACGGGCCAAGGAAUUGGGGAAAACUGAAACCUAAAUGGAAUAUGUGUGGCAAAGGAGAGAUGCAAUCACCAAUUGAUCUUAUGAACAAAAGAGUUAAACUUGUUUCUCAUCUUGGAAAGCUUAGUAGAAACUACGAAACUUCCAAUGCCACUCUCAAAAAUAGAGGCCAUGACAUGAUGCUGAAAUUUGGAGAAGAAGGGUCAGGAAGUUUUAAGAUCAAUGGAACUGAAUAUAAUCUCCUCCAACUUCAUUGGCAUUCUCCCUCAGAACAUACCAUCAAUGGAAAAAGGUUUGCUUUAGAGCUGCACUUGGUUCACGAAAGCAAGAACGGAAGCAUGGCUGUAGUCACUGUGCUGUACAGAAUUGGAAGACCAGACUCCUUUCUCAGUUUGUUGGAACAUAAACUGGCGGCCAUUACAGAUCAAAGUGAUGCUGAGAAAAAUGUAGUAAUGAUAGAUCCAACUGAAAUUAAGAUUGAGAGCAGGAACUAUUAUAGAUAUGUUGGUUCACUUACCACUCCUCCUUGUACGCAAAAUGUUACAUGGACCAUCAUUAAAAAGAUACGGACGGUGUCGAAAAGCCAAGUGAAUCUACUCCGAGUGGCUGUUCACGAUGAUUCAGAUUCAAAUGCCAGGCCGGUUCAACCUGCAAAUAAGCGUGAGAUACAUUUAUACAGGCCAAAAUCUUCAUGAUUAUUUGAUUAAAGAGUGUAAAUUUUAGGAAAAUUUUGAUG